CUGCAAAUCUGAACACACAGAACUACAAUCAACCAGCCAGCAUGAGCCAAAUGAAGUCCAGAAUGGAGACAGCGGCGAAGAUGAAGGAUGAAGACAAGCUCUACAGGCGGGACGGGAUCCUGUACUCGACUGUUCUCAGUCCACCAGAGACCCUGGACAAGUUAAAAGACCUGCAGGCCAGAGAGGAUGAUCUCAUUCUGGUUGCGUAUCCUAAAUGUGGGUUUAACUGGAUGGUGGCGGUCCUGCGUAAAAUCAUUAACGCUUCCACUGGUAAAGAUGAGAAGCCUCCUGAAAGGCCUCCUCUGGUCGAGUUUCUACCUCCAACUGUUCAAGAGGAAAUGGCACAAAUGCCUCCACCGAGGCUUCUGGGAACUCAUCUACACCCUGACAACAUGCCUGCUACUUUCUUUACUAAGAAACCAAAGAUUCUUGUGGUGUUCAGAAACCCGAAAGACACAGUGGUCUCAUAUUACCAUUUCAUGAACAAAAACCCAGUUCUGCCCAACGCUGAGUCCUGGGACAAGUUCUUCUCUGACUUCAUGACUGGUGAUGUUAGUUGGGGCUCUUACUUUGAUCACGCUCUCGCCUGGGAGAAACGGAUAGACGACCCGAACGUGAUGAUCGUGAUGUAUGAGGAUCUCAAACAGAAUCUUCCAGAAGGAGUGAAGAAGAUCUCGGAGUUCUUCAGUCUUCCUCUGACAGAUGAGCAGGUCAGCAGCAUUGCUGGACAGAGCACCUUCAGCGCUAUGGUGGAGAACUCGCAGAAAUCCCACGGCAACUUUGGCAGCAUUUUUUUCAGAAAAGGCGAGGUGGGCGACUGGAAGAAUCAUUUCUCUGAGGCUCAGAGUAAACAGAUGGAUGAGCUCUACCACAGCAAACUAGCUGGAACUAAACUGGCUGCCCGAAUGAAUUAUGACCUUUACUGCCAAUAAACCUGAAGACACGACAUGAGCUGACAGACGAAGACAAUGUUUUACAGGAAUUCACCAGGGCAGCUGUUCAUGAACGUCUUUGAUACUCUUCAUGUACAUUCCAUUGCUUACAAUAAGCACAGACUCACUGUCAUUAAACCUCAUGGUGUGUGUUUGCUAACAUUUAUUAAAAUGAAAUGUCAACACUA